CUUCUCGUCCGUACAUAUUAAAAUUUGACUUUGCACGACGUUUCUCGAAAAGUGCAAAUCUGCGGUUGAUCCAAGUGGAAUUAACUAAUACAAGAGUUUUUACGAUCGUUUUGUUAUACUGACUGAAAGAUAUUGAAUUGAUUAGUGUGAAAAGUGCCUGUUAUACAUAAAAGUAGUACAAAUUUAUGUGCAGUUACACAGCCUUGAAGAAUAUCUAUUAGUGGUAUUUAAAAAUCGCGUAUCAUUGCGGACCUCGUGUUACUAUUUAAGGCCUAAAAUGGCAAAGUGGGGUGAAGGAGACCCUCGGUGGAUCGUGGAGGAGCGACCAGACGCGACAAACGUUAAUAACUGGCAUUGGACAGAGAAAAACGCUGGUCCGUGGUCGAAAGACCGACUGAAGGAGUUAUUGAAUAACUUAAAAAUCGCGCAAAACGGCAUAGACUGUAAGAUAACUGAAGUGGAAAAGAUCGAUGGUGAGGCCACUGCAAAUAAUAGGAAAGGGAAGUUAAUAUUUUUCUAUGAAUGGGACAUCAAGUUGAAGUGGGAGGGUCUUCUGGCUGGUGCCAAAGACAAGGUGAAAGGUGAAAUGCAUAUCCCUAAUUUAUCUGAAGAGAAUGAUGUUAGUGAAGUUGAUAUAACAGUCACAAUCAAAGGUAGUGGUGAUGAAGCGCAGCGUGUAAAAGCCUUCAUGCACAACGUCGGAAGGGACGAAAUUCGCAAACAACUCAAAGAGUACAUUAGAAGCUUGAAGGAAGAGUUUUCCAAAGGCCUAAUUCUACCCAAGAAGGGAGAGGCACCUGUAAAACCAGAUAAUAUAUCUACAAUAACAAGUGGCUUCAACAAAAAAGUGAACAUGGAGCCAGUGGUCUCUAAGCAAACCAAGCAAGUCGGUUGCAAGCUUGAUACAAAAACAAUCGAGUUGUCGGAGACGUUUCAAUGUCGCGCGCAAGAGUUUUACGACGCGAUGACUCGAAUAGAGAUGGUGACUGCAUUCACGCAAGGACAUGUUAAAAUGGAGGCAGAAAAGGGGGGAAAAUUUGCCCUGUUUGGUGGUAAUGUGUCAGGGGAGUUUAGGGAGUUGGUGCCUGGCAAGAAGAUUGUGCAAUAUUGGCGAUAUAAACAGUGGCCGGAUAACCAUUUCUCGGAAGUCACUUUCACUAUUGACGAGAAGGACGACCACACGCUAGUCUCGUUGAAGCAAGAGCUGGUGCCAACCUCGGAGGUGGAGCAGACUCGUGACAACUGGAAGCGUUACUACUUCGACAGCAUCAAGCGAGCGUUCGGCUUUGGAGCCUUCCUGUGAUCUCGGAGUUAAGCUUAGCUAAUGUUAGGUUCAAUUUUACAAAGGGCUUCUAAAAGAGCGGUCCUCCGGCGGAAUGAUCUGGCGAUUCAUUUCUACAACUGUGAUUGGUCACUGUCAUUUUUGUCAACGGCAACUUUUAAAUAAUGUACCUCUAAAUACAGAUAAAUAACAAAAGCAUAAAGAUUCAUUACACUUGACGCAUGCGUUUUAUAAUUAAAUUUGUUGUACAAAUUAAUCUCCUAUUUAGCUUUGAUUUCAAACUUAAAAUUUUCUGUGCUGAAAAUUUUAAACAGACUGAACUAUAACCAGCCAGUAACAUUAUUUAACAAUAUUGAGUGUGGCCUCUUUAGUGUGGAAUUAUUUGUGUUCCAAAUUCAAGAACCAUAAUGGUUUUUGAAUUUUAUUUUUUUCCAUCAUAGUACGUAUAAGAAUUAAAUUUAAUAUUCGACCACAUUAAUAUUACAUCACUGUGGCUUAUUCUUAUUGCUAUUAAUUACUAAUAAGACCCUUCGUAUAAAUCUGACGUAGUUGAUAAUGGUUAAAAUUUGACACCAAAUCAAAAUUUUGCAUAUUAUAUACCAAGUUAUUUAUAAAAAAAUCGUUUGUUCGAUAAUCUUUUUAUAAAAUUGCGUGUUCAUGAGUUACAAGUGAUCUUAGUAAUGUUUUUUAUAGUAGAAUAAAAUAUGAAGUAUGUUAACAAAAUUGUGCAUUGUUGCCGUUGAUUCAGCUUGUAAUUAAGAUAGACCGAAUGUAUUGCUUAUUUUUAUCUAUCUUAUGAAUUAUGUUAACAAUCUAAUUUAUGGUUUAUUCAAUAAACUAUGUGAGGUA